UCUAACAUUCAACAAACCCUAAACCCCCAAAUAUAUUUCAAUCAAAUCAUCUCUGAUCCGAACACACAAAUUGAAUCGAAUGGCGUUCAGAUCGAAGGAAAUGGUGAAGAAGAUAAUGAAGAAGAUAGGCGGCGAGAAGAAUUUGAAUCCCGGAGUGAAAGAAUCGUUGAAGAAGAGUUUGCCGGAGAGUAAAGUGGUGAUGAGCAGAGCUCACCGUGGAAUUUACGCCGGCCGGCAUAUUCAGUUCGGGAAUCAAGUCAGCGAGAAAGGUGGAAACAAGACUCGAAGAAACUGGAAGCCAAACGUACAAGAAAAACGCCUUUUCAGUUACAUUCUCGACCGCCACAUUCGCGUAAAAGUUACAACACACGCGCUUCGUUGUAUAGACAAAGCAGGUGGGAUUGACGAGUACCUACUAAAGACACCAUACAAGAAAAUGGACACGGAGAUGGGGCUGUUAUGGAAAUCAAAAAUCGAGAAAAUGUAUCAAGAGCUCGGAAACAUGGAAGUUGUUUUCUUCCCACAAGAAGAAGAAAACAAGCUUGCAGAAGAAUUUAAAGAAAUGAGAAUCGAACAACGCGUGGCGCGUAGGGAUGCAAGAAGGGUUGCGUAUGGUUGGAGUCCAAAAGUUGCGCAAAUCGAGGAGGCGAGUGAAGAUGGUGAAGCGAAUCAUCAUGAGGAACUCGUUGCUAAUUCGUAAACAGUUGUUUGAAUAUGUUGGGGCUCGGUGAGUUAUGGUUCUGAGUUGGGUUGACCCGGGGUUUUGAGUAGGGUUAGGUUUCGGGUUGUGUUUUUCAAUUUGUUGAUGAAUCAGCGGUGUAAUAAGCUUUUGUGUUAGUAGCAGAUACGAGUUUAUGAGAACUUUUAAGGUGAACUUGUUUUCUUCUGCUAUCUUUUUCUGUUUUUUUUA